AGGCAGCAGAGCCCUGGGCAGGCAGUGGGGGAAAGUGCCACCAAGCUGGGCUGGGAUAUUUAAAGUCCUCUCCAAAACUAUUCCAUGAUUACUUUUCUUACAGAUUCCCAUGCCAAGAACCUGCAAAUGUCCAACAGCAGCUCCAUCAGCCACUUCCUCCUGCUGGCACUGGCAGACACGCGGCAGCUGCAGCUCCUGCACUUCUGCCUCUUCCUGGGCAUCUCCCUGGCUGCCCUCCUGGGCAACGGCCUCAUCAUCAGCGCCGUAGCCUGCGGCCACCACCUGCACACCCCCAUGUUCUUCUUCCUGCUCAACCUGGCCCUCACUGACCUGGGCUGCAUCUGCACCACUGUCCCCAAAGCCAUGCACAAUUCCCUCUGGGACACCAGGAACAUCUCCUACACUGGAUGUGCUGCACAGAUCUUCAGGGCUGUGCUGAGGAUCCCCUCUGAGCAGGGACGGCACAAAGCCUUUUCCACCUGCCUCCCUCACCUGGCCGUGGUCUCCCUGUUCCUCAGCACUGGUAUAUUUGCUUACCUGAAGCACCCCUCCAUUUCCUCCCCAUCCCUGGAUCUGUCAGUGUCAGUUCUGUACUCAGUGGUGCCUCCAGUCCUGAAUCCCCUCAUCUACAGCCUGAGGAACCAGGAGCUCAAGGUUGCCCUGAGGAGACUGAUGACUGGCGGAUUUCAGAAACAUUAA